AUGCUCACUCUCAGCAUCAUCCUCCUCUCGCUCCUCAGCACGGCUCUGGCCUUUUCGCUGAUUGAGCUAGGUUUGAUGGCCUACGCCGUCUGGGUCUUCUCGCAGGACGUCGCGGUCUCAUACCUGUGCGGCUUCGAUGUCUGCUACAAUAACGUCAAGGGCUCUGUCCCCGACGUCGCUGCUUUCCUCAUGUUCUGUGCGGUGUGGUCAACGCUCGCUUCGGCUGCUGCUAUUGGGGGUCCGCUGUUCUUUCAUUCGCGUAAUGGGCAUCACCACAAUAGCUGGUUGGCUCCGGGGUUGAUUGUGCUGUACUUUCUCACCUGGCUGUUUUGGUUGGCUGGGUUUGCGGAUUUGGCGAAUAUUAUUGGGACAUAUGGCACGUCUAUUAUGAAUGCGGUGCUUGCUUUUGCCAUUCUCUUGUGGCUCGUCUACACGGCGCUGUUUAUUCUCAGCUUCCUCGCCAUUUUCGACGUCAUGGAGGGCGAGUGGCCCGGAUACCUCACCAUGAAACCGCGCUCUGCCAAUUUCGCCGCCCCUGCUGUCUCUUCGACGCCCGCAAACACCGCCAUGGCUCUGCGUGUCGGUGUCAUUGGCGCCGGCGAGGUCGCCCAGGUCAUCCACCUGCCCACGCUCUCGUUACUCUCGCAUCUAUACCAAAUAGUCAGCAUCUGCGACAUCUCGGCGCAAACCGCCAGCCACUGCGCCACCAAAUUCCACAUCCCAAAACACACCACCGACCCUACGACUCUAAUCAACGACCCAUCCAUCGACGUCGUCUUCAUCCUAACCAGCGAUGAAUUCCACGCCGUCUGGGCCGUUACCGCGCUCCAAGCGGACAAAAACGUCAUGAUCGAGAAACCGCUCACCUUGUCUUUACCAGCGGCACGCAGAAUCAUCGACGCAGAGCAAAAGUCAAAGGGAAAGGUGUUUGUGGGUUAUAUGCGUCGCUAUGCGCCUUCGUUUACAGGCGCUUUUUUGCGUGAAGUUGCUAGUAUUCCCAAAAUCCUGUAUGCGCGUGUUCGCGAUAUGAGCGGGCCCAAUGCGUUUUUUGUGGAUCAGAGUGGCACGUUUCAAGUGAAAACAACAGAUGAUAUCCCGUCUACAGCGACAGCUGCGCGGGAGAAGUUGCUGGAUGAGCUAUACCAAGAGGUAUUCCCCGACGCAACAGAGAUUACCGACGAGAUGAAAAAGUACUGUCGGUUCCUGGGCAGUCUGGGCUCGCACGACCUGUCGCUUAUGCGCGAGGCGCUCGGUAUGACAGUGGAAUCGGUGGCGGGCGUCUCAGUGCACGAUCCGUUCUACUCGGCCAUCUUGAAUUUCCGCACUGCUCAAGGACACGCCUUUGCCGUCACGUACGAGAGCGGAAUCGACGGGGUCGCCGAGUUCGAUGCGCAGUUGGUUGUGCACGGUGAGCGGAAACGCGUGUCGAUUCAGUACGAUACGCCGUACGUCAAGGGCUUGCCGAUCACAGUGCGCGUAGAGGAAAUAAAUGAGCAUGGCGAGAAGCAGGUCAAGCAGAUUGUGUCGAGCUACGAGGACGCCUACACGGCCGAGUUGACGGCGAUGCAUGACUGUUUUGCGAAUGGGCGGGCGAUCAAAACGUCGGCGGAGGAUGCGGUGCGCGAUUUGGAGCUUUAUGAUUUGAUGUAUCGGAAGUGGAUGAAUAGAUAA